CGCCCCGUGUGCCCCGCACCAACAUGGCCGCCGCCCCCGUCGACGCGACCGCCGCGAGCCGGCCGUUAGUGGGCAUGCUCCCUGAGCGCCCCGCACCGACAUGGCGGCCGUCUGCUCCGGGGGGACUUUAAUUCUCGGUUUUCGGUUAUAGCCGGUGCUCAUUUUUCUUCGGAAAGCUCGGAGCCUGUGGUGUGGCCGGGGAAGAGAGGGCGGGUGCGGGGUGAAAAGUGAGCGGGGACUGCAGGCAUCGGGCCGGCUCCUGGCGGGACCAAGAUGGCUGAGGGUGAGCGGCAGGCGCCGCCAGAUUCUUUGGAGGAGAUCCCUCCAGCCACUCAGAAUUUCAUCAUUCCAAAAAAGGAGAUCCAUACAGUUCCAGACAUGGGCAAAUGGAAGCGUUCUCAGGCAUACGCUGACUACAUCGGAUUCAUCCUCACCCUCAACGAAGGCGUGAAGGGGAAGAAGCUGACCUUCGAGUACAAAGUCUCUGAGGCCAUUGAGAAACUGGUUGCCCUUCUCAACACUCUGGACAGGUGGAUUGAUGAGACUCCUCCAGUGGACCAGCCCUCUCGAUUUGGGAAUAAAGCCUACAGGACCUGGUAUGCCAAACUCGAUGAGGAAGCAGAGAACUUGGUGGCCACGGUGGUCCCCACCCAUCUGGCAGCUGCUGUGCCUGAGGUGGCUGUUUACCUAAAGGAGUCAGUGGGGAACUCCACGCGCAUUGACUAUGGCACAGGGCAUGAGGCUGCCUUUGCCGCUUUCCUCUGCUGUCUCUGUAAGAUUGGGGUGCUCCGGGUGGAUGACCAAAUAGCUAUUGUCUUCAAGGUGUUCAAUCGGUACCUUGAGGUUAUGCGGAAACUCCAGAAAACAUACAGGAUGGAGCCGGCUGGCAGCCAGGGAGUGUGGGGCUUGGAUGACUUCCAGUUUCUGCCCUUCAUCUGGGGCAGCUCGCAGCUGAUAGACCACCCAUACCUGGAGCCCAGGCACUUUGUGGAUGAGAAGGCGGUGAACGAGAACCAUGAGGACUUCAUGUUCCUAGAGUGUAUCCUGUUCAUCACUGAGAUGAAGACUGGCCCAUUUGCAGAGCACUCUAACCAGCUGUGGAACAUCAGUGCUGUCCCCUCCUGGUCCAAAGUGAAUCAGGGCCUCAUCCGCAUGUAUAAGGCUGAGUGCCUGGAGAAGUUCCCUGUGAUCCAGCACUUCAAGUUCGGGAGUCUGCUGCCCAUCCAUCCUGUCACGUCUGGCUAGGAGGGGCCAAGCCACGGAGCCUGAGCCACCCAGUUCUUGGGCUCGCCUUCCCCGCCCCAGCCAUGGUCCCCUCCCUGCCCCUUUCCUCCGUUGUUUCUGUUUGAUUAGAGGCUGUUUACUGGGUGGGAUGGUGAGCGCAGGAUGUGGGGGUUUCAGAGCAUAAGGCUGAAGGACCCAAGUUGUGAGAAGUGAUCAAAGUGUGGUGAGUUUCCUAACCUGCCUUGUGAUAGAUGGGCAUGAAGAGAGGGACUGGGCCCCGGUCCUGGGCCGCCCUCUCCUCUCCUGGCCUUCUACCCUUCCUUUCCUCCUGACGAGUCUCAUUUUGAGGCCAGGGCUAUUCUAUGAGCCAAUAGGGAGGGCAGGGUCUGCUGCUGCUUCCCUCGCUUUCCCUUCCACCGCGAUGCCUCUGAUGCCUCCAGGGUUAGAGCAGUUGUUCCUUGCAGGGUGGGUCCCAAGCCGUGCUGAGUGGGUGUCUGUGUGCUGCAGGGCUGGAGGCUGAGGCUGACAGCCAGCAUUGGGUGGGGUGGGCUGGCGGUCUUAGUUGUCCGGGGCUGGUGGUGCUCCCAG